ACCACGGGAGAUGCUGGACCGGCACGAAAGUAAGGAGAGGAGAAGGAGGACUCUGCACGUCACAUUGGCCAUCCAUUGUUCUAGCCGCCUGCCCGGUCCCAGACCUGAUUGCCCAUUAACUCAUCGAUGCCAACCUGGAGUGCGUGGACCUAGCUGGAUCUAAUAAAGACCCGAGGCCAUCCGCCAUCACCCCUUCGUCACUUGUGUAUUCCAUUCCCAAUCACCUUCCUCCAUCCUCCCAGCAAAACAAAACGAAGCCACUAUCGCCCGCGACCAGCAAUCUCUUCUUCUCCCAUAGCUAGGCCGUCACCAGCAACAACUCGCCCAACAUGUCCAAGUCAAGGAUCCCCGUGAUGCUCGGUCUCGCCGGCGCCGGCGGCGUUGGAUACUACCUGUACCAGUCUGGCGGAAACACGAAGGUUGCCCAGAAGCAAUUCGAGCACGACAUGCACAGCGCAUCGACCAAAGUCAAGAGCGAGCUUCCAGGACGCGGAAGGGAGUAUGAGAAGGAGGCCGAGAAGCUCGGCGCACAAGCCGGUGCCAAGUUCGACACUGCUACGGCGAAUGCGAAGGCAGAGGCUGCAAAGCUGGAGGCCUACGCAAGGGACGCCAAGGCCGGCGCGAUGAAGAAGGUGGACGAGUUCGACCGCAAGGUCGAGGACGGCGCGGCCAAGGCCAAAGGUGGCAUUUCUGGCUGGUUUGGUGGAAAAUAGGAAGAUGUGCAAUGGUUCCAAUCGUCAACCUUUUCCCCCCCUCUGGACGUUGGCUUUUCUUUCUCGGUAAUUCCCCCAUUCUGCUCUUCGCUUUCACGCCCGUGGAGGGUAGGACUGUAUAUUACAAAGGCCGGAUUGGACUUCGAUUGAAGCAUAACUGCCCCAACUGCAUCAUGUCGCCGAAUCCGUAUGAAUCGAGACCGGGCUACCUGAGCUUGCAAUGCUUGCUACUGGUGCUGUCUUGAAACCCACGUCAUUUGCACCUUGAUCGAUUCUGACAACGGGCCACGCGAGAUGCGAGUGGGGCCGCGACGUGUGGAAAGGUGGAGA